UGGAUGUUAUCUGAUUCACCUUGAUUUUCUACAGUUUUCCAUGUAUGAUACAUUUCUGAAAACUUUGCUCCAUCCACAGAACACGCCAGUGAGGACGACAAACUGAGUUUCCUGGAGGAAAUCCGUGCAGUUGUGGACCUGGGGGUUCAUAAGAACCUGUUGGGUCUGGUCGGCUGCAGCACGGUGGUGGAAGACCAUCUGUAUCUCAUCACGGAGUUCAUGCCGUACGGAGACCUGAAGAGCUUCCUGAGAAAAUGCAGGGAGGAAGAGCCCUCUGACGAACCUCGAGACGAUAUCUACACCUUUGAGGUGAUACAGAUGUACCAGGUGGCCCGGCAGAUCGCUAGAGGCAUGGAUCACAUCGCCCGGUCUCGUUACGUCCACGGAGACCUGGCCGCUCGGAACGUGCUGGUCGGAAAACGCCUGCACGUGAAGAUUUCUGACUUCGGGCUGGCAGAAGACAUCUACAGCCGAGGUUACCGUCGGCAGGACCGGCUCCAGAGGGUGCCAUGGAAGUGGAUGGCGCCGGAGCGGCUGGAGAGUGGAGAGGCUUACACCACACAGAGCGAUGUGUGGUCCUUCGGGAUAGUGCUGUACGAGAUAUGCACGCUAGGGGGCGAUCCUUACCCCGGCGUGACAGUAUCCGAGCUGAAAGAACGCAUACAGGCUGGAUUCAGGAUGGCGCAACCAGAAGACUGCCCGCGAGCCAUGUACGAUGUGAUGCUACAGUGCUGGCGCAGAAAGCCUGCCGAGCGGCCGUCCUUCCAGAUGCUGGAACUUACACUGGACAAGCACCUCGCCUUCUACGGACCCGAGUACGUGACGGCAAUUUAACCGCCAGUGCGACACCCUGGUAUAUAUUAGGGCCAU